AUGUACCGAUCCGACUACGAACACAAGAUUUUUAGUUUGCUGAACGACGAAAAAACCUACAGGAAACUCAACAAAGAUCCUACAGCUAGUAUUCAAGACAAAGUAAAUGAUUUGUUUACUCAUUGGCAAGAUCAAGGCUACAUUACAGAUGAACAAGGGACUUGGUACAGAAGAUACAACUCAGUGUGCUCAAAGAUGUAUGGUUUGAUUAAGAUCCACAAAAUUAAUCGACCUGCUAGACCUAUUGUUGCGAGUAUCAAUUCACCCACCUAUAAUUUGUCUAAAGUGUUUGCCAACGUGUUGAAAAAUGUGGUUGGUAAAUCUGGCAGAACGAUACGCAAUGCUACUGAACUAGUUUCGAAACUGAGACGGAUAAGGCUGCCAGCUAACUACAGGUUGAUUUCUUUAGAUGUUGUUUCGUUAUUUACCAACAUCCCUAACGAGCUUGUCUAUGCUGCUGUUCACAAACGCUGGACCAAAAUCAAGAAAUUCACCAACCUCCCCAAAGAUGAAUUCUUAGCAGGCAUUAAAGUUGUUCUCGAAGGAUGCUGUUUUCAAUUUAAUGAUCAAUUCUAUCGACAAAUAUUUGGUUCACCAAUGGGUUCGCCUGCCAGUCCAGUAUUUGCAGAUUUAGUACUCGAAAUCUUGGAAGAUGAUGUCAUCAAGAAACUGGGUUUCAAAUUACCCUUUUUCUGGCGUUAUGUCGAUGACAUUCUCACUGCGGUUCCCGUUGACAAAGUCGAAGAAAUUGUUUCAAAAUUUAACGAGUAUAAUGAACAUCUACAAUUCACUGUAGAGAAGGAAAAUAAUGGAAAAAUUUCGUUUUUGGAAGUCAUGUGCAUUCGAGAAGACAGAAGCGUCAAGACUGAUUGGUUUCACAAAGCUACUUGGUCCGGUCGAUAUUUAAACUUCAAAUCGCAUCUUCCAAUGAGUUAUAAACGAAACACCGUUACAUUACUUGCUAAGAAAAUUUUGGAAUUAUCCGAGCCUGAAUAUCAUGACAAGAAUUUCGAUUUGCUAAAAACGACGUUAAGAGAAAAUUUGUAUCCGGUUAAACUAAUAGAAGAGUUAGUCAAGUCUGUACGAGAUAAGUUUGCUGCUCAUACUAUUGACAAAUUGGAUCGAAAAGAGAAAUUACCAAUUGUUGCUAUACCUUAUGUUAAAGGCCUUUUCGAAAAGCUGAAAUCGGUCUGCAAAGAUGACUUAUUGUUAGUUGGCAAAAGUAACAACAAUUUGAAGAUUCCUUGUUUAGCAAGCUUAAAGACAGCACUCCGAAACUGUUGCAAUCCGAAUUGA